AUGAAUAUUAAUAAGUGCUGGCUCUGCUCCAGUAAUAUUUAUCCAGGACAUGGUAUAGUAUUUGUCAGGAAUGAUUCUAAGAUCUUUCGUUUUUGUAGGAGCAAAUGCCAUAGACAUUUUAAAGCUAAACAUAAUCCACGAAAAAUUAAAUGGACUAAGGCAUAUCGAAGACUUCAAGGUAAAGAAUUGAGGAAUGAUGAGAAUUUGGAGAUGGAGUUGAGAAAGAAUAGGCCAGUGAGAUAUGACAGAGAUUUAUAUAUAAAGGCUAUAAAGGCUAUAAAGCAAACUGAAAGAGUAGAAUAUCUAAGGAAAAUGCUACUUCAUAAGGAACGAAGAAGAAACUUAGUUUCUAAAAAACUGUCUCUUGCUCAAAAAGAACUUGAAAAACAUAAAGAUAUUCUUCCAAUUCCUCUUGAUCAACUUGAUAUCCAACAACUUAAACUGCUCAAUGCUAAACCAAAAUCAACCGCUAAUAUUAAAGCUAUGGAACAAACUAAAUUCAAUACUAGAUCAAACACGAAAGUGAAUGUUAAAGAGGAUGAAAACAAAAUGGAUCUCGAUUAA